AUGCCAAUUAUCGGCACGCAUAAAAAUUUAAUUUUGCUGUUGCAAAUCAUUUUUGCUGGCCUCUCAUCAACGCUUACGGUGGAUAAUCAAUUGGUAUCGGCGAGAAAUGACUGCUUUGAGCGUAUUGCAUUGGAGGCAAUGCUGCCAUUUGAGAAGACAUUCCGCACCGAAGACACCAACUCGCUAAAGAUGUGCAAAGAGAAGUGCACACAGGCCGGCGAUAAGUGUCAAUCCAUCUCAUUUGGAGUGCAUCGACGCGGAAACGGCACCUGUCAGCUGUCAACACAGACAUACAGCACAUCAGGCGGUCGACCGAGUGGCGUAUUAUUCGAUCCCGAUUUCGAUUUGUAUGCGCGCAAGUCAAACUGUUUCGACCUGAACGACAAUACAAUCACAUACACUACUUUGAGUGUUGAUGGUGGUGGUGAUGAUGGCUAUAGCGGUUUGUCAUCUACGGCCACAGUGCAAUUACCUAAUCGACCGGCAGAUCCCGGCACCACUUUGUUAGUCCUUAAUCCAACACCCACAACGAGCACAACAUUUUCGCAUGAACGUCCCACCACAGGCUAUAGUCCGGGGACUUCAACUACGUACGGCACUACGCCGGGUCUGUAUACGGAUAGUGUGAAUCCUACGCUGGGUGCAACGACCCCAAACGGUGAUCGUUUAUACUUCUCACAGGACAUCUAUCCACUGUACAAAUAUCCGAUGUUGUAUGAACAAAAUUAUCCAGCGCCUAACGACGACGUCUACAUACCAGGCGGUUAUGCUUCGAAUGUACCAGAGGUGAACGACCAUUAUCGACCACCAGGACAUUAUGCCAACGAUGAUGCGCAUACGCCACCUCAUGGUCCACCGCGUCCCGUAUUCGGUUUGGGAUAUGGUAAUGGUUUCAGCUAUGGACGGCCCGAGUCAUAUGAUCCUACAACAACGCGGCCAUACGACCAAAGCUCACAGGCUGACCGAGAUCGAGACCAAAAUCCACCCGGCGGUUACACAACUCGUCCCGGUCCCCCAUACGCUAGUGACCGUCCAGAUCGUCCGGGUUCUUAUCCCAAUGAACGACCUGGCUCUUAUCCUAGCGAUCGUCCAGAUAGGCCUGCUUCUUACCCUAACGACCACUCCGAUGGGCCGGGUUCUUUUCCUAACGAACGGCCUGGCAGUUCUGGCACUUACUCCAGCGAUCGACCCGACUGGCCAGGCUCUCAUGCCAGCGGUAGUGCAGAUUCACACGGUUCAUAUCCCAUUGAUCGUCCGGAUCGACCCAUCGGCCCUCCUAAUGUCCAGCGUCCCACGAGACCCGAUUACGACCCCACAACACCAUCCAAUUAUUAUACACGCCCAGAAUAUGAUGGCCUCAAUAGGCGUCCGUCUUAUGAACAGCGGCCACCAUCAUCCGCACUACCACCCACCUUGAGCAAUGGCUCACGCCCACCAGGUGAUUUUGUGGAUUAUACAAAUCGGCCAGAUCCAACCAAUGGUUUAAGCACAUCAAUGCGGCCACCAAUGCGUGAACCCAGCAUACCUGGUGGUGGCUAUGGUGACUAUGGCUAUGUGCGUCGAAAUGGCACAGCUGCACGUCCAGAUGGCGGUUAUGAUGGCGAUAAGACCAUAGCAACCUACUUCAAUCCAGAGGACUACUUAAAUGGCAGCAAAAGGCGCCCAGGAAAUAGCUAUAAUGAUCGCGUUGAAGGCGGCUUUGGCAUGGAUAAGAUGACUGCCUGUUUCCGGCGCGUGUUGGCUGGUAAGCGCAUCUCUCCACGCUGGGUCAGACGCACAUUUGCCUGCGAGCGCAUUGAGGAUUGCAUGCGUCAGUGCGGCAUUGAGAAACGUUUUAUGUGUGAAGGUUUCAACUACCGUCUCGAUCCAUCCGGUCAUGGUCGGGGCGAUUGUGAGCUCAUCGACAUUCCACUGGCGCAAAUCGAUUUGUACUCGAGUUCUGGCCAGCGUGACUCGAAUCUCCUCAGACAUCCCGACUACGAUUACUAUGAACGCGAUCGCAAUGCACCGCCCAGUUGCAGGCGGUCGGCGUGUCGUGAAUGCUCAAAAGGUGGCACUCUAAGUAGUCCACCUUUGUAUUUUAAGCCAGGCGGUUGGUCUGACAAGCCACCGUAUCGCCAGGAGCAUCACUAUUUGCCAUCGCCGCCCAGCGCUAGCGACUAUGGUAGCGAUGAACAUCAUUAUCGCCCACCAAGCAGUACUGCCAUUGAUCACUAUCAUCCAUCAGGACCACCACCACCGUCCUUGUCGUCUGUUUCGUAUGAUCAUCGUCCACCGCUACCACCACCGCCAUCAUCUUCCGAGUACCACCACUCUAGCUCUUUGGAGUUUUCUUCGCAUGGCUCGUCUUAUUUUGAGCACACACCACCUAGUGGCUACGGCAGCAGUGGUACAGGUUCAGGACCCAUCGAUCGCUAUGACUUAAUACGCCCGGAGGAUCAUCACCGCCCGGAAGAAUAUCACCGUUAUCGACCUAGCAGACCCGAUCGUUGGGAGUCGAUACCCAGCAGUCCUGGAUACGAUAGCGCACACUAUCGUCCUGCACCUGAAAGUGAUCGCUUUCGCCCACCUUACCGACCAGGUCCCGAUUACUCGCCAUAUCGACCGAGCUCACAUGAAUUGAGUGGACCUUCCGGACCACCAGACUCUUAUCGGGCAGGUCCGCCGCCGCCGCCGCCACCACCACCAUCUACUCACAAUUAUUUAGACCGUGAUGGACCACCAGCCGGCAGUUACAAGGGAUCGUCAAAGUUUGUGCCCUACCUCAUUGGGCAGGAGAAGGACUGGGGCAGAUACGGUGGUAGUUAUGGUGGCAGUUAUAGUAAGCAAUCAUCCUACUGGGGUUUAAAUGAAUACAAUCGGCGUAGAGAUCCGCUCGACUUCAAUUAUUUUGAAUUGGGUGGCUCGAAGCGUGGACCAGCACGAGAACCAAACUCGGUGCUAAGUUACCCUGGUUCAAGUUAUGGCGGAUAUGGUGCGGACGGUUUUCGAGAUCGACAUGAUUAUAGGCACUCGUGGACAAGGCGGCCGGGCCCAGAUGAAUGCUCGGCAAAGAUAGGCGAGGGCUUUCGAUUACACAAAACCGCCAUAAAACAUUCUACUACGGCACCCACGCUUGUUGAGUGCGAACGCUUGUGCUCCGGUCAGGAUGGCUUCACCUGUCACACCUACAGCUAUCGUUACAACCAAGCAGGACGUGAUAACUGUAUGCUCUGCGAUCGCCCGAUCAACUCUUUGGAUUACUAUGUAGACAUUGAACCAGAUCGAGAUUACGAUAUCUACUCAAUGUCCGAUGACUUGGAUGUUUGCAGUAAAUCGUCUCGCAGCGACGAUCCUGGACGUUACGGCACAGAGCCGGGAACUGCGCUUGCUGAUCCGCGCAAUGCACAGUGCUUCUUCCGUGCCAUAGACGCAACGCGCUUCUACAAGUCCAUCGUACGCGAUUCGUUGACGGUUCGCUCGGUUGGCGAAUGUGAAAUGGAAUGUAUUAAAUCGAACAAAUUCACCUGUCGCGCCUUCGCUUACCGGUACGGUCAACAGCGUCAUGCGAGCGUUAUUGAUAAUUGCCAGCUGAGCGAUUGGCCAGUGAGAGAUAUGGACAAACAGCGUCAUCUCAUACAGGAUGCAGCCUUUUAUGUGUUCGAGCGUGCCAGCUAUGGACAUGGUUGUGAAAUACAACCGAUCGUUGAUGAGAAACAUAAGAAAUCUGUUUGUUAUUUGGGCUAUGGUUCGCCGGCGAAACUGCUCUCAACAGCUAUUAAGAAAGUCAUCUCAGUACCCUCAGAACUGGCGUGUAAAAAGGAGUGUAUACGUUUUCGGGAAACCACAUCAUUUAAGUGCUACUCCUUCAGUUAUGGCUCUCGCGCCACAUCCUACAAUUGUGAGCUUUCGGAUCUCGAUCAAACUGAACUCAAAUUGAAUGUCCACUACACACAUACGGACGAACGAGAUUAUUGGCUCUUCGCUUGGAAUCCCUUCGAUUGGACUUGUCGCGAUAAGGUGAACACAAUAGGCGGAUCGCGUGUCAACAACGAUCGCCGCAUGGACAUAUUCCGUGAACCGGGAGAUGUCGCUUGGCGUCACUACACCGUUGCCGGUAAGGCCUGUCGCCCAACGAGUCCAUGUGAAAAGAAUCUUCUAACUGGCUUCUAUUCGUGUGAGAUCGAAGGUGGCGAAAUAGGUUCAUGGGACUAUUGCUGCAAGGCUGAACACCCCUGUGGCUACUCGCAGGGGUUCGAUUAUCCGUGGUGCUUUGUUGGCGAUGAAGCCGAUCAGUGGCGCAAAUGUAGCGAUCGCUAUUUCCCUGGUAAUAAAACAGCAACAACGCCCAUUCCACACACACACUCCAGCAUCAAAUUUUCAACACUUAAAAGCGAAAAAAAGAAAUCUUCAAGUGGCAACAAUAGUUCGAAUAAGGACUAUCAGCGACCGCCACGCCCUGGUGGUCUACAGAGUUUGAAUGAUUUUACGGCCGCGCGUCUCUGGCCUGUUACAUAUCUCUACAGCGAGGGACCGCCAAAUUCAACAGAGCUCAGCAAUUUUGUCGAUUGCAACAAGGAGUCAUGCUAGCGUCGCGCCAAUUUGUCUACAUAAAAUAUGCAGCAACACACAUAAAUUUUUAAUUAGUUGAAGUAGCUUAUAACAACCGUUAGUGUAUAUCGUUAAAAUCCAUUGACA